GGGAGGGAGGAUGAGAGGAUGGGGGGGGGGGAUUAGCGCAGAGUCGGUGACUUUUUUAGACAACAACAAACACAAAGACUUCAUAGAGAAGUCAGAAACCAUCACUCCUCUUCCUCCAUCCUCCUCCUCCUCGGUCACAGUCAGCUUCUCUCCCCGGGAUUCCUGCACCUCACCCCGGCGUCACAGCAUGUCUCAGCCCGGCUCUCAGUCGCCAGAGGACGGACUCUACGGCUCCUGGGUGGAACUGGAGGAGCUGAUGGCAGCAGUGAGCAGCAGGGACAGUCUGACAGGUCAGGACAGUCUCUCCUCCUCCCUGCAGGGGGAGCUGGAGAGGAUCCUGCUGGAGGCGCAGCUGGAGUGUGAGAGGAGUCGAGACAGUCCUCCACAGGAGGGGACUCCACCCUCCCCUGGUUCCCCCAGACCCAGCAGUGAGCAUGACAGCGACUGCAUCACCAUACAGGAGGAAGCUGACCGGAGAGGAGACACUGACUGGGUGUGGGACUGGUCCAGUAGACCUGAAAAUAUGCCCCCAAAAGAGUUUGUGUUUCAGCACCCGAAGCAGCAGGGCUCCUUCAGCGUGAGGAAGACAGAGGUGAUGAAGAGAGGAAUCUUUUCCUCCGAUGUUCUCCUCAUCCUCAUUCCCUCCCUGCUGGCUUCACACCUGCUCACACUCGGAGUCGGGAUCUACAUAGGAAGGCGAUUGGCUGCGUCUACAACCAGCACGCUGUGACGUCGGUUGUAACCCUGUGCCCCCCCCCCAGUCCUCUCUGUUAACAGUGGGGUUCCUUCUUCCUCCUCAUCCUCCUCCUCCUCCUCCUUCUUCUUCGUCACGGGGAAACCUUUAGGACCUCUGAACCUUCGCCUCUCCGUCCAUCUGUUGGAGUUCAACUCUGAAGUCUCAUGAAUCAGAGAUCGCCCCGGAUGCACGAAAGAGAGAGUUAGAACAAUACGACCCUGUGAUAGGAGGAGAUGAAAACGGUUUCCAAAUGAGAAAUAUAAUACGUGGUAGCUUCCUCGCCCGAACCUUUGACAGAGCUGAAUGUGUAUCAUUUGUCAGGAGUAAUGACCCUCUGUAACACCGAGCUGCUGGAGAGCUUCUCUGUGUUUUUCUGUCUGUAAGGUGGAGAGUUUUAGUCGGCUGAGGGAAUGUAGGAUCGACUCUAGUUGUGCUUUUUUGUCUCGUAAACCAAUUAAAUGUUCGACCUCCAACAAAGACAAUCCAAACCCCAUUAAAGUUCACUCCUCAAACCCUUU